AUGCAAGAAAACAUCGCCAUCGCCGUCAUUAUCAUCGUCCUAUUCAUCAUCCUCGCCAUCGCAGGGUACUUCAUUCACACAAUGAAGAACCGCAUUGCGCACUCCCGGAAACGCGCAGUCGACGAAGAAAGCGGUGGUGAAGCUGAGGCCUAA